AUGGCUUCCACUACGCAGGAGACACCAGUGGCCCUCUUUCCAAUUACAUUUCAGGUUCUAGCGAGCGCCGUGAACAUGUACAAGAACACUGCCAAUGUCCUCUACAAACACCAUAUUGCCCACCACCCACGAAUCUCAUCCAAAGGCUGGUCUAUGCACGUCCCAGCAGAGGUGACUAGUGAGAUUGGCAAGACAGUUGCCUUGCCUUGCACCUUCACGCACCCACACUCCACUUACGACAAAACCUUGACUGCCAUUUGGAGGGUGAAGGAGCCUUACAAUGGGACAGUGAUUUUCAAGUGCAUCGCACACAGUUCCAGUGAUGUCUGCAGGACCACAGUUGGCUUGAAGAACAGAUACAAGCUUUUGGGGAACCCAAGGCAAAACAACCUGUCGCUCCAGAUUGACCAUGUUUCAUGGAAUGACAGCAACAGAUACUUCUGCCGAGUUGAAUUCUCUGGGGAUCUUCACGACAAGUAUGAGAGCCGGAUGGGAAUCCGGCUCCACCUCAUAGCACCUCCCAGGAUUGUGAACAUCUCUGUCCAGAUGGACCAAGAUCAUGCUUUCCACGCCAAGUGUACGGCUGAAGGAGAACCGCUCCCGACCGUGACAUGGGCUGGCCCUCUCUCUGACAACGCAACUUCAGUCUCCAGGCCAACGGCACAUCAUAUCACCAAGGAGCUUCAGCACCUGGUCCUUGAUGGGAAAUACACUUGCAUCGCCACCAACAGCCUUGGACAUGCAGAAGGAGCGGUGUAUUUUUACAAAUUCAAAGCUGGGAGCGGCUCUUGGAUUCUCAUCCUCUUGUUCGUAGCCCUGGGGAUUAAACUGCUUGCUCUAGUGGUGAUAUUAGGGAUCGGGGCCUUCUGGAAAGGAGGUAGGUAUAUUAUCAUAAUCAUCAUUUUGAUUUUUAAAGGGAGUUUACAAGGAACGGGUUAAAGGGAAAAGGAAAAAAGAAAAAAUAGUAAGUACAUAUGACAUGAACAUGGGCUAUCCUUCUAUAAUAAUGUAAGAUGAC